AUGAGUGACUAGGAUUCUGGUUCGUACUUUCCAUAGCCACUUCAACAACAAAAUCAAAUAGAAAUAGCCAAUAGAACCUAUAGUGAAAUCCAUAUGUAGUAGAUUGUUAAUGAUGAUGACUUCAUAUAUUAAUCAAUGAUCGAUGAUGAUCAAUAUUCAAGAGCCAAAAUCAUUCCCACUAUGGCUAAUGAAACUAUCAUCUACAGAAAUACCUUAGAAAUCAAAAGAUAAUAAUCUAAUCUAUUUUCAAGAUGCUUCGGUAGUAAAUAAUCUUCAAACAAGGUUACUGUGGCCUAAAUCAUAGAUCUAAGGCAAAAAGAGUUAUUUAAUGAUUAUGCUUAUGAAACUGAAAAGGAUGGAUUCUUAAAAGAUGUCUAAAAGUACAUUCAUAAAGUCAAAGUCAUUGAACCAGACUCUUAAUUUUACAUCUUUUGGUAGGUUCUAAAUAGCGUUUUGGUUAUUCUCUUUUUCUUUCAGAUACCUUUCAUUUUUGCCUAUUAACCUCUUAUUCAAGAAAAUUAAUCAGACCAUUAUUAAGUUUUUGAAAUAUUUGCACUAUCGAUAGCCAUUUUUAUAUUCACAAUUGAUAUUACUCUCACUUUCAAUAUUGCUUUUUAUAAAUAAGGAUAUUUAGUUAGUGGCAGAAAAUAAAUUGCUUUGAAUUAUCUCAAAACCUAUCUCAUCCUAGAUUUAAUCCCAUUGUGUUGUUUAAUUGAAUAUAGAGUUUUUCUCUACAAGGAUAGGUAAUUUGGAAUUGAAAUAUUUUUAUUUCUACUUAAAAUUUACGAAGUUUUUAAAACUAGCAAUAUGAUACAAGAAUAUUUAUAGUUAGAACCUUCUAAAUUAGCAAAGUAUAGAUUAUUAAUUGUCAUGCUGACUAUCACAUGGUUGUGUCAUGUAUUUGCUUGUGUUUUCUUUUUUGUUGGAAGAAGAGAACUUAGUAAAGGAGAAGAUAAUAAAUCUUGGUUGAGUGAAAGUGAUUUGAUUUCAAUGCAUGGUGGAUAUAAUGCUUUAAAGAAAAACAUUUUUGAAUUGCAUUUAUACUCAUUUUAUUGGGCAGUCACAACUAUGAUUUCAGUAGGAUAUGGAGAUGUAACUCCAAAAAAUGCUUGGGAAGUUCUGGUAACUGUAGUAACAUAAUUUAUUUCUUGUAUUGUUUUUGCAUAUUCUGUUAACGCUAUUUGGGAGAUGAUCAAUUAAUAGAAUGAAAAUAAACAGAGAUUUCAGUAAAUUUUAUAUAAUUAUUUAGCCUAGAAAAUACGUUAAUGCAAUAGAAAGAUUUAUGCGAGAACAUAAUGUGGAUAGAAAAUUAAAAGCCAGAAUCGAAGCCUAUUUAUAUCAUUUAUGGGAAUCAGAAAAAGCAAGAGAUCAUGAAUUAGAAUAAGCCAUGAUAUUAAAAUUAGCUCCAGCUCUGAAGGAGGAAUUAAUUUAUUAAACUUUAGGCAAGAUGCUUAAUCACAGUAGAUUCUUCAGUUUUUUUUAAUAAGACUUUUUGAUUGAAUUAGCAUAAGAUAUUUAAUAACAAUACUAUUCUUAAGAAGAAGUAAUAUUUUAAGAGAAAGAAGAAAUAGAUGAUUUUCCAGUAUAUUAUUUAACUAAGGGUUCUGUAGAAAUAUAUUUAGAUAGUGAUAAAAGAAUAAAAUUACAUAUUAUGAAAUAAGGUAUUUUUGGAAUAGUGGCUUUUAUUACUGGUUAUAAAAGAACAGCUUCUGCUCGUUGUUUAACAUAUUCAGUUAUAUAUAAACUCUCUAGAACUUAAUUUUUAAAAAGAUUAGAAAAAAAUUCAAUAGAAAAAGAAAAGUUUUUUGAGAUUAGACAUUAAGUACUUUUUAACAAUAAUUAUGCAAAAUGGUAAUUAAAAUGCUAUAUUUGCGAAAGUCAGAAACAUUUAGCAAUAAAUUGCAAAAAGACUCUCUAUAUACCAGAAAAAAUGGCUAUAAUUUUAGAAACUUAAAAUUUAAAAAAUGCAAGAAAUUAAACAUAUUAAAGAAGAGUGGUAAAAUAAUAAUUUAAAGCAUUAUCUCACAUUAGAGAAGUGUAAUUUAAUGCAAUUGCAAUUAAGAAGUACUUUUAGAACAUAACAUUUACAUAAAAUUCUAGUGAUGAAGAUAUAGAAUAUAGUUCAGAUGUUGAUGAUUAUGAAGAGGAAAUGGAAGAUAUUAAAAAAAUAGUAGAAUAAGAAAAAGAAAAAGCAAAAUAAAAAAGGAGAGGACAAUGGAUAGCUGAUGAUGAUUAUGAGAUGAAGGUUGAUGAAAGUAGAGAUAAUCAUAGUGUUGAAUUAUCAGAUGGUUUUAAAAAAUCUUAAUAAUUAAUAAAGCAUUCUGAUGAAGAGAUCAAAAAAAAAUCUAAUGGAAAUAAAAAGUAGAAAUUUCAAAGUUUUGUUAAAUUAUAAAAACUUAGAAAUGUUAGAACAUCUUCUAUGUCUAGUCUUACACCAAUAUAAGAAUAAAUUAAGAAACCUACAGUAAUAAAAAAAGAUAAAGGAAUGAGUGCUAUGCUACCAAAUAAUUUCUUAGCUCAAAGGAAAAAGAGUAAAAUGCUAUUAUAAAAUGAAAUUCAAAAUUGUGAUAAAUCAUAACAAAUUCAUUAAAAUAAUGAUAAAUAAGAUAAAGUAUAAUCACCAGAUCUAUUAGUUUAUAAUGAAUCUAAAAAGUCUGAGCUACUUAGAAAAAUGAAAUUUCUUUAAAUAGCUUAACCUAAAAAUCAAGAAAUAUAAUCCAUAAUUGAUGAGCUAAAGUAAUAAAUAUAUUUUUAAAAUAGAAAUUACAUUCAAAAUAGUUAAAAUUUAUAAGGAACAAAAGAGAUCAAUUCUGCAAUUAAGCAUGAUAAAGGUGAUAAUAAUAUUUAAUAAUAAAUUGAAACUCAUUCUGAUGUUGAUAGUCAAUUUACUAUUGAUUAAAUGUUUAAUUUUGAUGCUUUCUUUUAAGAGGAAAAUCCUGAAAAAGUGAUAAAGAUAUAUAAAAAAUAAACAAAAGAAAGAUUGAAAUAAAGAAGAACUACAAUGAUGAAAUAAUUUGUUUGA